AUGGGGAAUUGCAUUCGACAUGAAUCUUCAGAUUCAGACAUGACAUGGGGAGGCGAUGAUUGGGGUUCUCCACAACCGGAGAAGUUGAUCUUCACCAAGAAGAGUGAUCGAAAGAGAGAAGAAGAAGCUAAUCCAGAAAAGAUGCAGAAGAAGAAAAAGAUGAUGAACAGAGGAGGAGGAAUGGUUUCUGCUGGUGGUGUUGCUGUGACGGAAGUAAAGAUUAAGAUUACAAAGAAGCAAUUGGAAGAGUUGAUAGGGAAAGUAGAUGUUCAAGGUCGUAUGUCCGUACAACAGAUGCUUGCACAUUUGAUGAUUGUUGGCGACGAUAGACAUCAAGUUCAUCACAGAUCUUGGAGACCUGCACUUCAGAGCAUCCCUGAAUGA